UCGCAAAUAUGGCGGAGCCCUCUUGUGGGGAUUCGAGUCCAGGAUGCUCGACUGGAUCAGACAACUUGGACUUUGAUCCUUCGGCAGACAUGUUGGUCCACGACUUCGAUGACGAGCGGACGCUGGAGGAGGAGGAGAUGAUGGAGGGGGAGACCAACUUCACCAACGAGAUAGAAGACCUGGCCAGGGAAGGACAGAUGCCAAUCCAGGAGCUUUUAAACCUCUACGGCUACGGUCACAGCAUGUCUGUGGAUGGGGAGGAAGAGGAAGAAGAGGAGGAGGAAGACGAAGAGGAGGGCGACGAUGAUGAAGACGAUGAUGAACCAGACGCAAUUAAUGAUGAGGGCAGCAGAGGUCCUGCAGAAACAGAGAGGGUCAAGGAGGAGCGGACCGUCUCCACGGGACAGGCAGAGGAGUUUGGCCCCACCACUGUUGGCAUCACACGCUCUGCUAAAUCUCACGGGACUGCAGAACUCAUCCGCCCACCCAAGUUCUUUGAAAAUAAUGACGCCGAAGAGGAAUCGGAAGAUGAUGAAGACUACAUUCCAUCUGAAGACUGGAAGAAGGAAAUCAUGGUUGGCUCAAUGUAUCAAGCUGAAAUUCCCUCAGGGUUGUGCAAAUAUAAAGAGAAUGAAAAAGUUUAUGAAAAUGAUGACCAGCUUCUGUGGAAUCCUGAAGUUAUUCCAGAAAACAAAGUCAUAGUGUUUUUGACUGAUGCCUCAAGAAGAACGGGUGAAGAAAGAGGUGUCGACGCCAUCCCAGAAGGCUCACAUGUGAAGGACAAUGAGCAGGCACUGUAUGAGCUGGUGAAGUGUGAUUUUGACACUGAUGAAGCACUCAGAAGACUGAGGUUUAAUGUGAAAGCUGCAAGAGAAGAAUUGUCGGUCUGGACGGAGGAAGAGUGUAGAAACUUUGAACAAGGCUUGAAAGCUUAUGGAAAAGAUUUUCAUUUAAUACAGGCCAACAAGGUGAGGACGAGGUCUGUAGGUGAAUGUGUGGCCUUUUAUUACAUGUGGAAGAAGUCUGAGCGGUACGAUUUCUUCGCACAGCAAACCCGACUAGGAAAGAGGAAAUACAACCUCCACCCUGGAGUGACGGACUACAUGGACCGCUUGCUGGACGAGACGGAGAGUGCGUCGUCGAGCCGGGCGGCCUCCCCUCGCCCCACUGCCUCAGGCAGUAGCACCAGCCACUCGGAGCGGGACGAUGGCCUCAACCACAACGGUGUAAAUAGCGUUGGCGUCGGAUUGUACCCACCUGCGCCCCCGCCCCCGCCCCCACCCCCACCGCUGCUGUGUGGGGUGGGUGAGUUGAAGAGCAGGGUCCCGGUUCAGCUCAAUGGGCCGGCCCACAUACCCCGGCCCGCCCCCUCGGUCCAGGACUCCAACGGCUGCGAGUCCCAGGAGGUGCCCAGCUCCAACGGCGACGGGUCGGCCGGGGUGCCGAGCGACUGCCAGACAUUCGAGCCGCUUGUCAAGAAGUGCCGGACUGACGGAGAGCCUCUGGCCGUGCUGGAGGCCUCCCGGGCAAAAGAGGACUGAGAGAGGACACACACACACACAGACAUUCUAACACACACACACACACACACACACACACACACACACACACACACACACACAAAAUAGACACAUUCUAGCGCACACACACAUGCACACACACCACUGGCAUAGGAGGACUGACAGAGAGCACACACACACACACGCACACGUACACUCACUCACACACACGUACACUCACUCACACACAUGCACACAGACCAAAUCUUAGACCAAAUCCAGAGCCGAGGUGGCAGGCAGCAUCCUAGAUUGUACCCAGCACAGUGGCCUCCCUCUAACUCUGCAGCAGCACCCAUUCCCCCCUCUUCCCCAUCCCCAUCCCCCACCCCCCCAUAAGGCGAAGCAAAGGAGAGGAAGACUGUGGAGGGCAACUGUGAUCCUCGCAGCGCUUCUGUUCUCCUUUUUACUGUGGAGGGCAGCUCACAUCACUCCAGUGUGUUUAUAUCAGAUAGGCCCUCUCCUCACAGGGGGACUGUCCACGCAGGAAGAAAAAAACAAAAACAAAUAGGUUUUCUCCAUUUGUAUGGCAAAUUGUCUAAUAUUUUUGUAACUAUAUAUUUAUAUUUUCUAUAAAAGUAUAUGAGUGGUUGUUGAAGCC